AUGAUCGACUUGGUGACGAUAAAAAUGACAAAAAAAUAUAAUCUUGUUAGACAUUUUAGAUCACUCCAAAGCUUCUUGGCAACCGUCCUAACACCUACACUUUGACUAAGGCUUUGGCUGAGGUUGGUUUAACAGUUAUAUCUAAAAAUUAGAGUUCCCUAGCUAAGUGGUUGAUCCAAAAAGACCCACAAUACCCAACAACGAAGGGUAUUUUCCUAUUGGAAUGAACAAGAAAUGAGAUGAUAACAAGAUAUAAAUUCAAAUGAAACAAUACUUCAAAACUCGAACCACUGAUCAAACAUACCCAUUCUCGGAAUAACGAUCGAUGAUGAAAUAAAAACCGGGGCAAAUGAAAUAGCCACAAUUAUAAGCACAAAAAAUAAGGUGUGAAACAUUUAUAACCAGUCACACACGGCGGGCAUUCAAAAAUAACUGAAUUCUUUAUAGUUAUAAUGGUCAAGUGUAAAGAACUAACGUUUAACAAUGUGAAAAAAACCCUAUUCGGAAUAACGAUCAAGAAUUUCCAAAAAUCAAAAAUUGAACAGUUUGAAAUAGGUACAACUUCUUGAUUCAACAAUGAAAACAUUAACACAAGUACUUAAAUAAUCAUCAAUAUUACGCCCCCCCAUUAAAUAAAAAGAAAAAGAAUACCCGGAUAACCUAAAAACCUUUAUGACAUUCCACAGAGCCAAUUCGAAAUCGAUUCUGUCGGCCUACCAGUCAUCGUCGUCAGGCCUUCCAUUGUUGGUGCCAUGUGGAAAUCUCCGCUUCCCGGCUGGACGGAUAACAUCAACGGUCCCACGGGUAUCAUGGUCGGAGUGAGUUUCUACUUUUUGAAGGAGAAAAAAGCAAGAAUAAAAAAAACAACUUUUGAGUUUGUGUUACAUCAGAGAAACUCAUUUCAUAGAAACUGUAUGGCAUCUUUGACUAACAAAUGCAAAAAAAAGUGUAGAAAUUUUUGCUGAGAAAUCUUCCAGGACCUUCUGAUUACAGAAUGCUCUGAAUGUAAUGUAUAUCUUUCCCUGUUUUGAAUAUGGUGCCUCAAAAUUUUGUUUGGAGAUAACACAUUUCUCAUAUCAAUUAGAGCAAGCUUCAAAACGUUCUCUCAUUUCCAAAACAAGAGAUUUUCAAAAUCUUGUUCAAAGUCUGUAAUCAGGAACCAUUCACAAUUAUGAAUAUUUACGAUGAAAAUAUGAAUGAGUUUCCUUCUAUUCACUAGAAACUAAUGAAAAUUUAUUUUAUCAUCUUUUUCAGGUUGGUAAAGGAGUUCUGACAAACAUGUGCGGAAACAUCGAUUCGAAGGCCGACAUCAUUCCAGUCGACAUCGUUGCGAACAUGAUCAUUGUCUGUGGAGCACAUCGCGCAACUUCUCAGUGAGAUCUGAAAAAAAAACCGGUGAAAUGACAUCACUGCUUCAGCUAUGACGCUAUUCCUAUCCUCCAUUGCGCUUCGGGCGAUUUGAACCCAUUGAAGUGGGGGAAGUUGGUCAAUUUCUUGCCGCAGUUUUAUAAAAAGGUAAUUUUGUGUCCUUUAACAUAGUUUUCAACAUGUUAUCGAAUCUCUAUUAAAAAGUCUACUCUUUAAAGUAAUUGGAAUAGAAAAAAAAUGUUUUUCGAAAUUUUUCAAGAGCCUUAUGUGUUAUUUGAAGAUGUUUUAAGAGAGCAAAAAUAGGUUUGAAGCCGUCAAGGCCGUGAAUAAAUCGAAAUUAGCAAAAUUUGAUAAAUUUAAGUCUUUUCUUGCAAAAACCUAAAUCAUUAUUUGAAAUGGUUCUAAUGUCUUACUUGGAAAAAAAACGCAAAAAAACUAAAUUUUAAUGAGGAAAGACACACUUUUCCAAACCCUUUGAAAUCUUCGUUUUUGAAAUUUCAAACAAUCUUUCCAUUACAGUACCCUAUGGAGCAGUGCUUCGGAGUUCCUUCUUCCCAUUUCCAUCGCUUUAGAAACGGAUUCCUCUUCAAUUAUUACUACAAACACUACUUCCCCGCAAAACUUCUCGACAUGGUACAAACAGUCGUGGGUGGCAAAAGCAAGUCAGUCCCAUUUUUCAUAAACUAUUCAUCAGAAAUACUCUUUCAGCAACGUUCGAUUGUAUGGAAAGAUUUGGAAGAUGAUCGAGGCUCUCCAUUUCUUCACUACACGCGGUUGGGACUUCAAAUCCCAAGCCCUCCCGGCGCUUCUCGAGAAAAUGCAUCCUGAAGAUAAGGAGGUGAUCAAAAACUCCUUUUUAACGUCUAUGAAAAAGUUAUAGGAAUUCAACUUCGACAUCAGACAAGUCAACUGGGAUUCUUAUCUGUUUGAUUACAUCAUGGGAAUCAAGCGAUAUAUCUUGAAGGAGAACUUUGAGAGUUUGCCUCAAGCCAAGUACAAUCUCAACAUGUGGGUUUUUUUUUAUUCAAAGUAAAAAAAAAUCAUUUUGAAUAAGUCACAACCUAAAUUUGGCUCGAGCUACAAGAUUUUUGAGUCGAGUUCCGACCUUUCCUUUCAGAGUCAAAAAUUAAGCCUGAAAAAUGUAUUUAUUUUUUUAAAAAAAUGAACAAGAAUUUUAAUAGUCGGGCAGGCAGAGCAAAAAGAAUGAGUAAAAAACUAUCUAGAAAACUUUUUCCAUCGCAAAUGAAAAAAUGCUCAUAAGGAUCAAUAAAAUUUAGAGCUGAUUGUAAUCACUAUUUAAAAUCUUUUUUAUUUUCAGAUUGCGUUUCAAACGAAUUCUCGUUCAAUCCGCCGCUUGGUACUUGAUUGUCAGAACUUUCGGAUCGAAUUGGAAAACCCAGAAAAAAGUUUGUCUUUUCUUUAACUCUCCAGUUGAUGUUCCGAAAAUUUCAGUGGCUCGUAUGGUUAGGAGGAUUUGUCGGAACGCACAUGUACCUCGACAUGGACUUCAGAAAAACGAUCCACAUGAAGUCGCUAGAGGAAUACAAAAAAACAAUGAAUUUCACUCCUCCGGAAAGUCGCUCUCAAGCGUAG